AUGAGAAAAAAUUUCAAUUAUGUAUUUAGCUCAGAAAUUAAUGUGCCUUUAAGAAUCCGACUGGUCUCACUUUCUGGUUAUUUAACAAGUCAUGGAGAUAUGCAAAGAUAUGCAACACCUUCUGGUUGUAUGUUUGUUCGUUUGACGAUUUAUUGUAAUGGAAGAAUUAUUGGAAGAAGUGUUCAAAGUUCUUUUCGACAAUAUUUACCAACUGGCACAUCUUCUAUUCGAGAUAUUCAAAAAUUUGAUGAAUGGAUAAACCUUCCUGUAAAUUAUUCUGACUUAAACAGGGAUGCUUUGCUUCAUGUAACUUUAUGGGAUGUUGGAACGACUGUUGAACCGGUUUUAAUCGCUCAAUGUGCCAAAAAAUUGUUUUCAAAACAUUCAAUAUUUCGUUCGGGUAUUUUAGAUUUAAAAUUAGAACAAGUAAUUGGGAAAUCUGACAAGACUAAACUGAUAACUGAAAAUCCAAAUUUGGAUUUGAUGAAUAUUCCAACACCUGCAAAACAAGCAGAAUCGUCAGAAGAUGCCAGAGAUUCAACACCUUUACUUAAAAAUAAUGAUGAAAAUUUAAAUAAUAAUCGACAAUUGAAAUGUGGGAUUCCUUUAAAUGAUUUGUUAAAAAAAGAAAAACUUUAUAAUCAAAAAUUUAUUGAUAGAGUUGAUUGGCUGGAUAAAAUUACUUUUGCGAAAUUGGAGGAAAUUAAACAAGAGGCGAAAUCUGACGAUCGUUCUCUCUUUCUAACAAUUGAAUUUCCAAUUGUUCAAGAUUCAGACGAUCUAACAAUUUAUUCGAUAAUUUAUUUUGCUGGAGAAGCUCCUUCUUCUACUGACCACCACCAUUCUCAACAAUUUGAAAAUGAUUUGGAUGUAGAUCCUUUAUUGCCCAAACCUCGAAAUGAAAGACAAGCUGACCCAGAAUUGGAUAUGGAAAAUUUGAGUGAAAUAAAGCACCAUAUGAUGACUAGAAAUGCGAGAGCUAUGGAUAUUGAUAGACGUCUACAACCAAAUCCAACAAUUAGAGACACACUUGAGGCUAUUAUUAAGGUUCUCUUUUGUUUAAAUUAA